GGAGCAGGAGCAGGAGCAGGAGCAGGAGCCCAAACACAAACACGCCAACUAGCUGUGCCCUUCUCCCGUCCUCCCCCCCAAGCCCCGGUGCACAUACGCCCCCGUCGAGAUGCAGUCGAACACAGACAGCAACAGCCAUAGCAACCGUCCGCGUAAGGAGACGAGCAACAGCAGUAUGCCCGACGAGUCGUCCCGUGAUCCGGUCCCGGGCAGCGGAAACGAUGUUAGCAGCAACGACGAGGCUCUAGAGAAUGACAACGAAGGGCCCCAGGCGUUCGUCCAGCGAAAACGGGCCAGAUCAACCAAGGCAUGCAUCUCGUGCCACAACAGAAAGGUCAAGUGUGACGUCGCCAACAAGUCCAGCAACAGCAAGUGCACAAACUGCCUUUACUCGGGCUCCGAGUGUGUCAUCUACGUGAGGAAGAAGAGAAGCGCCAACAAGAAGAGAGCCCUUUCCAUGCCGCCCUUGGACGAGGAGGUCCUCCUCAUGCACUCUGCCCACCCGGCCUCUAGACCGCCAGAGAAGGACGGCGUCAUGCCCCAGACAUCCUCCUCCGGCGUGCCGUCGAAGCUAUCCAACCUCGUCUCGAGCGGCGAUCCUGCCCAGGACAACAGCAAGGACCCCGCAGGUACUAACGGCGCCGCCAGCAACAAAGACUCUUCCAAAACUAAAGCAAACGACGUCAGCAUCCUAAGCUCCAACUUGAACGACUUGGACUCUUGCAAUGAGCGCAAGCCGUCGUCCAACAUCCCGAAUUUCGCCCUGUCCUUCCUCAAGCCCUCCGGCCACGUCGAAUACCCACACAUCAGCGCCAUCAAACUUGACCCAAACGUGGUCUUGAAGGAAAACAUGCACGAGUUGAUGAAAACCGAGUUUGGGAUCAACGAAAACAAAAAUCACUUCAUGAAGGAAAUUCUAGACUCGGCGCUAUCUAAAAUCACCGAGAGCUACAAGAGAACAUACUCCUUGAGCCAGUCGGAUUACCAGAUCUUGAAUGAGUUGGGAUGCUUCACGAUCCCAGACGAAGAAACUUGCUGGCGGUUCAUUGACAACUUCUUCGAAUACAUCAACCCGCAGCUCCCGAUCAUCGAUAAAACAAAUUUCUACGAAACAUACACAGACUUGAGAAACCCGCCGUCCUUGUUGUUGUUGAACUCCGUCUUAUUUGUCGGCGCAUGGCACACCAACUCCGAGUCCGAGAACCCAGAGGAGCAGUUUGAAAGUGUGAGGAUCGCCCAGAUUUUCCUCAAACGUGCAAGGUUCUUAUACGAAUACUCCAUCGAGUGUGAGCCCAUUGCUUUAAUCCAAUCCCUCCUCUGCUUCUGUUUCAACAAUGAAAACAUGUCCAACAUUGCCAAAAACGACUAUUACUGGAUCCACACAGCAGUAGGUGUCGCCUACGCUUACAACUUACACCAAAAACCUGCCUCGAGUUUGACUCCCUACAAAAGGAAAAUGUACAAAAGGCUAUACUGGAUCCUCUUCUUUAAAGAUCGAAUUACGGCCUUUGGAUACUCUAGGCCUAGUGCCAUCAACGUCACCGAUUGCGAUCAAGAAAUGUUGACCUUUUCUGACCUGUCAAAUAGUGGUAUGACCCAUUUAGAACAAAUCUACCUCAUCAACUUAGUGAAGUUUGGUAAGCUACUCGACAAGAUUGGAGCCAUCCAGCACGAAAUCACCAAGCUAUACACAAACAAACGUCCUGUGUUACAUCUCAUGAAAAAAUGUGAUUUGAUCAUGAUAAAGUUUUUACAAAAUCUACCAAAAGAAUUGAAAUUCAAGUUUAACGAUAAAUCAACCCAUUCCUUUCUUUCCUUGAUGUCACUAUCCCAAUACUAUACCCUUUUGAUUGUCAUCCAUAGAGCAAAUAUUCUUAGACACUCUGCGGAUGUCUACCCUUCAUGGGCAAUCACCUUCCAAGCCGUUCAAAUGAUCAAACUAUUGAGUGACUGCCUAGUGGCGAAAAACUUAAUCAAAAAGGUUGCUUUGCUUUCUCACAAUACUUUGACCUCACCAGCAAUCAUUAUGCUUUAUCAUUUGCUCAACGAAGAUGAAAAAAUAUCCAAGAUAGCAAACGAGUUUUUCCUCAGAAUAUUGGGUAUUUGGAGAGCAACAUAUAGAAAGUUCCCUGUUGUUUACCCAAUGAUGUGUAUCUUUGGAUACAUCUACAAUUCCGAAGAGCAUUUGAAAGAAAUCGUCAAAUCAGUGGCUCCAAAGUAUAACUCUGCAGGAAAUAGUCCUGGAAAUAUUGCCAAGGCUGAUGUUUCUCAAGAACCCAACAAGGCUCCUCUCAAACUUCCAGAUUUAUCGUUUAUCGUUAACCCAGGUUUUAGAAUUCACAAUAUGGUGGAUCCAUUCAAUCUAAACUCAGACCCUAACGCCUCAAAAUUUGAAGACCUUGGUGUUAAUUUCGAUAAGUUGUUUUCCGAAAGCGUUUUCGCAAAAGGUGAAACGUUGGUACCUAAGCUAGAUUUAGAAUCUAUUUCUCGAAAAUCUAAACUACGACCCCAACCUCAAAACCAGAUGUCUCCAAAUGCUGAGAUGAGCGCCGAUAAAGAUGCCAAAGUUGAUGAUAUCAAGAUAAAAACGGAAACAAUUUUUUCAAAUCCGGAUACGCCGUCGACAAAAUCAGAAAUCAAUUCUGAAAGUGUAAGUUCUCGGGCACCAAUGUCGACUAAUAACAAUGCAAGCGAUUUCAAUAGCACGAGCAUGCCAACAUCGACUGCUCCACUCUCUGCACUAGAUUACAGUUUGCAAAGUGAUGAUUAUGCUCCGCAAACCAAUCACAAUUCUGAUUCUUUUUCUGAUCUAAACAAUUUGAUGAUGUCGAACUCAAUGCUGAAUCUAGAUGACAACCAAGGUUAUGAAUCGAAAAUGCAAACCUCAAAUAUUGAUAUUCCUAUUAGUUUGUGGAUGAUGAAGGCUAAUUGGAAACCUAAGUUCAAUGUGAAUUUGGAGGAAACAUCUGAUGAUCUUGAGAAGAGUGAUAAAUGUAGCGCCCCAGACAGCCAACUUAGAGACAACGAUUAUGAAUCAGAAAAAGUAGGCAAAGUUGAAAAUUUUUAUGGUGAUGUCUAUCAAAUUAUGGGUGGGGCAUACAACGAAUUACGAGAAGAUGACAAUUCUGAAGGUGGAAGUGUAAUGAACUCCAAUAAUGACACAUUAUACCCGAGUAUGUGGAACCAAAGCAACAAUUCAAAGCUAGAUGACACUAGAUAUCAGUUGCCCAAUUUUGAUCGGUUUUCGCAUGUCAACAUGCCUCCCAGCGAGUCGGCCGAUACAUUACACAAGUAUCGAUAUAACUUGAAUCGUCACUCUGAUUCCACUCUGUUAUCUUCGACAGUACCUAAUAUUCAAUCAAACACUCAAGCUCAGACUUUUCAGCACCAACCGACUGAUCAUACCAUGCCCCAACCUCAUAAUUUUACUGGAGGUGCACAAAGCAAUGUGCCACCAGAGCCAGAUAUUAUAUCAAAAAUUUCAAAUACACAAGGUCUACAUUUGCCGGUGCAACCUGGAGCCCCUCCACUCAAACUGGCUCCUCAAUCCUUUUUAUUGAACAAUUUGCAGCAACAACCUUUGGCACAACGCCCACUCUCACAGCAACAACAUAAUGAUUACUAUCAAGAGCAGAGCUAUAGAGAUGAAGCGAUGAAGAGACACCAGUCUUUACAAAGUCAACAACCUAAUAAACGCUUUUCUCAGGAAAACAUGUUUGCUAUACAAGAUUAUGGAAAAUCCGUGAACAACUACAACACCUUAAUACCGCAACAACAGCCACUCCAUCCGCAGCAGCUGUCAUCCCAGCAACAACCAACUAUUCAAUCACAGUCACAGGCCCCCGCUCACCACUCACUUUAUCUACCCCAUAAUUCACAACUUCAGUACCAACCUCAACACCAAAAUCAGCCUCAGCACUUGCAACAACCACAACAUCGGCAGAAUUCACCGCUUUACAACCUCCAGCAGCAGCAGCCACAUCCCCAACAUUUGCAACAUCAGCAGCAGCACAUUCAACAAUAUCAACCACCACCCACGCAACCUCCCCAGCUCAGUCAACACCAACAUCCACAACACUUAGGUCAACAUGCACCACUUCAGCAUCAACCACAGCAACCACAACAACCACAGCGAUCAGAACAAUCACAACAACCACAGCAGCAGCAACAGCAGCAGCAACCUCAAUCACAGCCAUAGUGGUAGCCAUGUUUUGGAAACUUUUAAACAAUUGUACAACUGGAACAUUCUCCCAUAUCUUUUCUAAAAGCUUAAUACUUUUUAGUGUCAUGUAAUUUUAUAAACCUGUAGUAUAAUACAUA